AUGAAUAGUCGACGAUUACUGGCCGGCACGGUCCAUUUACUACGGAAUGGAACUUGCGUCGCUUUUGCCGGCACUUCAGGGGCCACUCAGAACUCAUUGGUGAGAUUCUAAACUUAAUUUCAUUUAAAUGACCACUUGAAAAAAAUAUUUGAACAAAAAAAUAAAUGGCACAGGAGCUUUUUUUCAUACAUGAUAAGGCGGUCUAUAGGGAGAAGCAUGGCGAAUUUCAGAAAGGACCCCUGGAGGGACCACUUGACCUUGAGCUCUUGAGUUCUCUUUUUCAAACUCUAGCUAGAACUUUCCACUUAAGUGAACACUCUGUGAAAUUUAUGACAAGUUUUUUUUUUACGUCAUAAAGGCUUCUCAUUUAACUAUAGGUCUUUUGAUUGAAAUAUUUUUCACCCCCCUCCCCCUCCUGAAGUGACCACUUCAUUUUCAAAUCACUUAAGUGACCGUUUGACUUUUUUUUUUCAGGACUUGCUGAAGCUAGAGCACGUUUUGCUACAUUUUUUUUUCUUUUGAAACGUGAAGUUUUUGUGUUUUUUUUUAUUAUUUAUCGUUAUCUUGUCAAAUAUUGGUGGCAGUCUAUAAGGAGGAGGAUCGCAAGUUUCAGAAAUGGCCCUGGAGGGAUCACUUGAGUUGGAGUUCUUGUGGGCUCUUUUUCAAACUCUAGCUAGCGCUCAUCACUUAAGUGACCACUCUGUCAAAAGGGCUUCUCACUUAACCUGAGGUUUUUGAUUGAAAUAUUUUCAAUCCCCCCCCUGAAGUGACCACUUCAUUUUCAAAUCACUUAAGUGACCAUUUGACUUUUUCCGGACUUGCUGAAGCUAGAGCACGUUUUUUUCUACAUUUUUUUCUUUUUGAAACGUGAAGUUUUUUUCUGUUUUUUUAUUAUUUUAUCGUUACCUUGUCAAAUAGUGGUAAUGAUACGUUUCAAGUUGAUCAUUUCACAAAUUUUUACGAAUUUUUCGCAGUUUGUACGCUAAGCUUCUCAAUAAAACCAGUUAGAAGACAAAUAAAAAAACAUAAAAUAAAUUUUUCUCGGACGCUCGUUUUUUUAAUAGAAAUUUCUGUUCUGUGGGGAAAUAAUUAAAAUUUUGAAUUUAUAAAAUUAAAAAAAUGUUCCGAUUGAACUAGGUCUCUGGCCUAGAAACUCCUGAAGUUUUUGAUUUUUUUAUCAGAAGAAAGCUUGAAAUUUUUGCAAUUUCAGUACAAAAAAAUUACAUUGAGAAAAACAUUUUUUUCUUCAAUUUUUUUAUUUAGGAAAUUAAGUUUCGAAUGAGAAAAGUGGAAUAAAAAAAUUCAAAAAAAUUCAAAUAAUCAAGUAUUUUUGAUCCAAAAUCCAAAAUUUUAAUCGGAAGUUUCGCAUUUUCAGUACGAAAAAUUCCAUUGAAAAAGAGUUUUUUUCUGCCAUUUUUUUUAGUGAAUUGAACUUCGAUCGUGAAAAGUUCAAGUAUUUUGACACGGAAUCCUAAAGUUUUGAUUUCUAUCAGAAGAAAUCUUGAAUUUUGCAAUUCCAGUACAAAAAGUACACUAGAAACCGGUUUUUUCUUCAAAAAAUUGAGCAAGGUUUAGAAAUUUGACAGUAAGUUUCAGUUUCUUUUGAAUUUUUCCACAAUCUCUGAUUUUCAUCAGAAGACAGCUCUAAAUUCUAAAAUUGCCUCACGAAAAAUGAAUUUUAAGUUUUUAUAAGCGAUUUUAAGACAGUUUAUCUUCUCAAAGUGUUUCGAAUGGGCAAAGUUUAGGUAUUUGACCGAGAAAUGAAAAAACGACAACGAGAUUGGGCCUUUUCUCAAAGCGACUACGAUGCUGCUCAAUAUUUGAAAGAGGAGAUCGGUUGGCGGGUCGCUGAUAAGGUCCGCAUUUUCCAGGAAUCUUAAAAAAUUCCAAAAAUUCAGGUCUUUGACCUCACGAAAUUCAAUCAAUUAGUGCUGGACAUUGGCUGUGGCUCCGGGUAUAUUGCGCCUCACUUGAUCAAGGAAAACGUUGGGAAAAUUAUUCAGGUAAUGGAGUUGAGGUCGCGUUUGGAAUGACUUCACGCGUCCGACCCGAAACGACUUGCGCGCUCUCUGAUUUUUCGAGGCUAGAUUUGAAAUUCCAUUCGAUCCGCUAACCUCACACUGCACGUCUUGAUUGAUUGAGGUUGCGUGGCGAUUUGCAACCGACCUAAAACGACUUGCGCGCUCAGAAAUCCAAAAUGAUCAUAAUGCUGCUAAAUAUUGAAUCUUUAAAGUUGAAAUUCCGAUCACAAUCAAGAAUUUACUGCUACGAGAUGAACCAUUGACCUCACUUUGAAUAACUUGGUUGGUAGGAACUUCGAAACGGUUUGCAACCGACCUAAUACGACUUACGCCGAAAAGGUUAUAAGGAGUCAUUUGAUUUCAUCUUUUAAGUUUAUAGAGCUAUUGAUCGCACAAUAAAUAGUCAAAUGCAUAGCGUUUGCAACCGACCAAAAACGGCUUUUACCCUAUGGCAUCCAAACCAUUGAAGUCAGAAUCCGAGACGAUCUGAACCAUUCCAAACGCGACCAAAAACAAAAAAAGAGAAUUGGAGUCAAAAUAAUCGAUUUUCAGGUUGAUAUGAGCCGAAAGAUGGUAGAAAACAGUAAAGGAUGCGAUGAUGAAAGGGUUUUUUAAUUUAAUUUUAAUUUUUUUCAAGGUUCUGAUAAUUUCCAGGUAGAAGUAGAACGAAGGUGUGUGGAUGAGGAAAAAUUGGACGGAUUUGAAGAAAAUCAAUUCGAUUUAUUAGUCACGUCAAUGUCGGCCCAUUGGAUCAAUGCAUUACCGCAAUGGUGAGAAAUUUUUUUAAGAUAAAAAAAGAAUAAAAAUUAAAAUGACAUGAGUAUGGUUUUUACCAAAAAAAGGUCUUUUUCGCAAGAAAAUCGCGAAUUUUUCCUUCCUCCCACCAAAUUCUAAAAAAAUUGCCCCGCAUCAUUCCAGAAUUUCCCUCACCCCAUUCUAGAAUAGCUCCCAAACCAUUCUCGAGUUGCCCCCCCCAUCGUUCUAUAACCCCCCCAUAUCAUUAUAGAAAAGCCCGCCCCCCCAGACCAUUCUAUAUACCCCCAAUCAUUUCAGAAUUUCCUCUCACCCCAUCCUAGAAUAGUUCAAUAGCCCCCUAAACCAUUCUCGAAAUUACUCCUCCCCCGGUUUUGGGGGUUAUUCUAUAAUCCCCCUCAUCGUUCUAGAAUAGCCUCCCCCUCCCCCUCAUCGUUCUAGAAUAGCUCCCAAACCAUUCUCGAGUUGCCCCCUCAUUGUUCUAUAACCCCCAUAUCAUUAUAGAAAAGCCCGCCCCCAGACCAUUCUAUAUACCCCACCCAAUCAUUUCAGAAUUUCCUCUCAGCCCAUCCUAGAAUAGUUCAGUAGCUCCCAAACCAUUCUCGAUUUGCCCCCCUCAUUGUUCUAUAACCCCCCAUAUCAUUAUAGAAAAAGCCCCCCAGACCAUUCUAUAUACCCCCCCCCCAAUCAUUUCAGAAUUUCCUCUCAGCCCAUCCUAGAAUAGUUCAAUAGCCCCCUAAACCAUUCUCGAAUCAUCCCCCCCCCCAGUCGGCGGAGAAGGGUUAUUUCCUACACCAGUGGGGGUUUUGUGGAAUGAUCUUCUAGAAUCAUUAUAUAAUGUCCUUCUACACCAUUCUAGAAUAGCCCCCCACAUCACGGGGCUAUAAGAGCUAUUAUCUAAAAAUGGGGGUUGGGGACAUUUUGGAACGAUCCCCAUUGAAAGGAAGCUUAUUGGAAGGUUUCUGUUCCUCGGAGAAAAAAAAGUCGUGAAAAGGGGAAUGGUCUAUAUUUUUUCCUAUGAACCAUGUUCUGCUUUUUUAGGUUCCACCGAUGUCAUCAAAUUUUAAAGCCCGAUUGUCCCUUCAUCGGCUCAAUGUUGGCCGAAGACACUUUAUACGAACUUAGGUGCUCUUUACAAUUGGCUGAGGUUUCCUAGGACCCUUUUAGGGUCUUACGUCAACACUUUAACUCAGAUGGAACGUUUGGGAGGCGUCGGGUCGCAUAUUUCUCCUUUUGUUCGGUCCCAAGACGUUGGCGGACUUUUGAAUUCGGCUGGUUUCGACAUGAUCACACUGGAUUCGGAUGAAAUCGAGGUUUUCAAUUUCAAAAAUCGAGCCGGAAAUAUUCUAAAAACGGGCUAAUUUCCUUCAGGUCGGCUUCCCGAACAUGUUCGCCUUGAUGUACGAUCUACAGCUCAUGGCCGAAUCUCACUGUACCCAUCGGAGAAGUUUGACUCUACGAAGGGAUGUUUUAUUAGCCGCCGAAGCGAUUUAUAAGGUAUAUUUGUAUUUCUCAAUGGAGCGCAUUCGACCCCAUUUCACAGCAUUAUUUCAGAUUUAAUUAAUUUUUCUGAAGCUCAUAUUUCGUUAUUGUUAUCAGUGGAGCACAUUUGACAUAAAUUUUUAAGCUAAUGUUUUAAUUUUAUAAUUGGGUUCUGAGUAAGUGACUUAGGGACUUAGUUGUAGGAAAUAAAGUUACCUGGAUAAACUGCUUAGGAACUUCAGAGUGGUCCCUAUAGGGGCAAUCUUAGGGGCCCUUGGGGAGUCCACUCUAAGUACGACUUUGCCAAACCCUAUAGGGACCCCUUUAGCGUGAGGGGAUGAGGGUCAAACCCUUAAACACUAUAAGGAUCACUUUAUUGGCCCCUCUGGGGAUUAUUCCCCCUCCCCCCCUCUAACCCCUAUAGGGACCACUUUGGAAUCCCUGAGUUAGGAAAGAAGCUAGAAGUUUUAUCUUCCGUCUUAUUUCCGACUCUGAAGCUAACUGAUAGCUAAUCGUGAAAUUAUCAACAGAGCACAUUUACUCUCGGAAAAUCGCCUUUUUUCAGUCAAUGUACGCCAAGGACACAGUAUAUCCGGCCACUUUCAAAAUUAUCUCCUUUAUCGGAUGGAAAAAAGGACCAAACUCCCCGAAACCAGCCAAACGUGGCUCUCAGAGUGUGUCCUUGAAGGUCAGUUCUAUAAUUUGUUUCUGAAACGUUUUUUUCUGUUUCAGGACAUUGGAAAGAUUGUCGAAGACCCGGAGCUGAUGCGGAAAAUCAGCGAGGAUAGCGGGAAGAAAAAUAAAUAA